CGACAUUACAGGCGCGGAAGAGAAGGGUAAUGUUGGGUUUGUGGAGUUAGACAUCACUGUGACUUUGUUCCUUGAAGACGAACAGGAUACAUAGAUGAAUUCUAGAAACGUCACUAGGGAAGUAAUGGAUACAGUCACAACUUGAAUCUUGAAGCCAACCAGUCACAAUGAGUGCCGAUCACAACUAUGCAGGCCCUGAUGACUCGGACAGUGUUGUCGGAAAGGGUGAAGAGAGUACUUCGCUGGAACUCAACGAGAACUGUGUUUCUGAUCAUGCCUAUGCAAUAGAGGUUGAAGAACACAACUCAGAAGACUGUACAGCUAGUUCAAGUCGGCAAGAAUUUGAUGCUGAUUUGGAAUCUAAUGAUGCAGAUGAAGCUAAAUUAGAAGAAGAAGAAAUAGGAGAGAAUAACUCUGAGUUAAAUAUGAACAACAGUGCUAUGGAAGAAGAAGAAGAUGAUGAUGAUGAUGAUGAUGAUGAUGUGGAUGACAAGUUGCUGGUUGAUGAGGACGGUGAGGAUAACACUGAUGCAAAAGAAACCAUGUUAGAAAAUAAAACAGAUGUUCACAUGGAUGGAACUGAAGAAGACGGUGAAAUAGUGGAUAAUGAAAAUGUUAAAAGCUGUGAAGUGGUUGAAGAAAACAUGAGUGUUACUGAAAACAGUAAGGAAGUAAACAAAGGUGAUGUAAACCUACAUGUUAAAAUCAGUCGUAAGAAAUUAGAUGAUGACUUUGUUAAGAAAUAUGUUGCAUGUGCCAGUGACACUGCUGGUGAGAGCUCCAAUAAGGGGGAGAUAAGCAUGCCUGUUAGUGAAGAUGAGGAAUCCAGUACAGGUAAUUUGAUUGGGAAUAUCAGUGACCACAAUACCAAACCUGAAGAAAGUGAUGCCAGUGAUAACGAGAAUGAAUCUGAUGAUGAACAGAUACUGUUACUUAGCCCGGUGACGCAAGAGAAGACGGAAUCUGAUGCUGAAACGAUGCCUGAAUCUGCAGUUGAUGCUUCACUUGAAGGAGAUAGUUCACAGAAAUCCCCAGAAACUAACAAUAAUUGCUUGACAGAUAAACUGUCAUCAGAAAAACCAGUAGAUAGUGAAACAAAGAGUACAGUUGGAGAAAUAAAAAAAGGUGAUGAUAAGGAACAGACUGUUACGGCCGAUGGGCAGGAGACGGGCAGUGAGACGACGGAAGAUUACAGCGUUAACACAGACUCCAGAGGUAAAUUUGAUGACGAUGCCAUGGAAAGUGGUGAUGAAAAUGGUAGUGUGAAGGACCAGAGUAAAACUGUGGAGAGUAAAGAAAUGGAGGUUCAGGCAUCUUUGAAUGACUUGGAUGCUGACUCUGGUGAAGAUACUGAGGUCACGACAGGGGUUGGAAGAAAAAGAAAAAAGCCUGCUUCAUUUGGGGAAUUUUUGACUAAUGAUGAAGAAAUUGACGCAGAAGUUAAGCGGACGAAAAAGUUGGAUGGCGACAGUGAUACACCACGAAGAGGUAGAACAAGUACAGUAGUAACAACAGACUUGGAAACUCUUCUUGAACCAUUUAAACAUGGCUGGAUGCGUGAGCUUGUUUACCGAAGUACUGGCAAUACUGCAUGUGAUACCUACUACUUUGCACCUGAAGGGAGAAAGCUGAGAUCUCUGGUUCAAGUGGCUGAUUAUUUGGAAUCAACAAAUUCGCCACUGACAGUGAACAACUUCAGUUUCUCCAGAAGAGUUCUUCACAAGCCCCCAUUUGAACUUGUUCGACAGGCUGGGAGAGUGGGUAUACCGUCCAAGAAGGGCAGUCCCAGUCCUGUGAGCAAGUCGAAGACGAGCCCCAAAGUGACGCCAGGGGGAGUCCCACGUCGACGCCCUGGACGUCCUCCCAAAAACAAAAGUCCAAAAGUAAUCGAGACAAAAACGCGCCCAGCGACAAAGUUUUCUGACGUGGAAGUAAUUAUUGAGCGGGAUUCUGAUGAAGUGUCGUUGCCAUCUCUGGAUGUUGUCCGAAAUGUGUCGUCGCCCCCGGCACCAGUCUUGACAGUGGUGUCAACAUCAUCUCCGUCUGUAGUUAAAGACACAAAAACUGUGACUACGUCAAAUAAAAAUGUGGUGUUGAUUAAACAGGAGCAGACCAUUGACUUUAAUAUUAGCACAUUACUGAACAGUAAUACUGCAUCUAGUCCCACUGAGAGUGACGACUUGCCCAGAAAGAAGAUGGUGGCGAGAAAAAGUACGACUCCGCGGCCCAAACAGUUCAAACCAGAUGCAAUGAGCAAGACACCAAACAACAGUGAAGGAGAGGCAACUGAAGGACUGAGUAGCAAUCAACUUUGCACGUUAGCCUGUCCUGGUUUGGAAGGGAGACCACCCACUCUACAGUGCGCUAGCUGCAUAUGUUUGUUUCAUCCACAAUGUGUCAAUUUCCAAGGAGGCGGUGAAUUCUAUUGCUAUAUAUGUGUUCAGAUUGGAAAGAAAUCCACUGUCCCAACCACAGUUAAAUACAAAUCCCCAGCACUGUAUGGAAUUGCCAGCCAGUCGACACCCAAAACGUCGGUUUCCAUGAAUAUCCAGAACGUCGCCUCACAGGCAGUACAGAUGAUAUAUCAUAGCCAGUCUUCCACAAUGUCACCAGCACCAUCAUUAUACACGUUAAAACUGACACCCAAUAAUGGUUUGGUAUCGGACGGUUUAAUUCCAUCAUUACAGCAUGCUUCAAGUCCUGGUAUCAUUCACUUACCAGCACUGCAGUUACCAGAGUCGGUCAGUGCAAAAAGUGCUUUACGAACUGCUCUCGACAAGAGAAUACAGUCUCCUGUCUCAUCACUGUACAAACCUACAGGACUGAACAGCACGGCACUGAUUUCCACAGCAGCAUGUACAAGUAUUUCCAGUGCAGUCCCAGCGUUGCCCACUUUAAUUAGUGCAGGAGUACUUUCAGCAAAUAAUGCCGAUAUGACAUCGCCAUCUAAGACUUUGCAGUCAAAGAUCAUGCCAGCUCCUCCACGUCUGACUCUGGCUCCUGGGAUAAUACCACCAGUGUCUAUGUUAUCGGACAUUCCCUCGUCACAGUCUUCAAAUGUGUUCACUUCUAAAAGUUCAAACUCUGAUAUACCACUCAAUGCACAGUUACUGACAUUACCCAAGGCAGUGACGAAAAGGUUAAAACUUUCUCAGCCUUUGGCAUUGAAAAUCAAUAACAUACAGGUGGUUGUGCCCCCAUCUUGUGUUAUUGGCUCGGCUGAUGGCUUGAAAGUGCUACUCCCUCCCAAUACUUUUCCCUUACCAACAGAUCCCAAUCAAAAACUGAGUGUUACUGUGUCGAAUAACACCGACCCUGAAGUGAACAAACUGACUGAGCCCCUGUUACAGACUCCUUCACGAACUGGUGUUGAGAAAAGUGAAACUAACAAAAGACCUUUCCCCGGUUCAGCAAAAAAGGAAAGAAAGAAGAAGGGUAUUAACCCAGCAUCAUGUUUUAUUAAAAGUCUGUAUGGUGGUUAUGACUGUAUGUUGGAGAUAUUCAAGUAUCUGAAGACGGCUGAUUUAUUAAGGGCUUCUUGUGUGUGUCGAACAUGGCAGCAAAUAUCAAAGCAAUCUUGUUUGUGGCGAACAGUAUCAUUACGAGGAUUAACAAUAACUAACUGGGACAAAGCAACAGCAUUUUUCAAGAAUGUCAGACUAGAAAGUUUGAGUCUAAUGGGCAUGUGUCAUAGUGAUGACCGGAACAAAACCUGGCAUAAUUUGAUGUCCAACUUACAUAACCUGGCAGGUCUGACCACGAUAGAGUUUGGUCUUGUCCCUGCGGCAGUUCUUCAUAUGGUGUGUGAAAAGCUCCCUGGACUCGAAGUCUUCCGAGCCGAAUUUAUUUCUGAUGCUUCUGGAGACCAAAUGUGGAGUACCCCCUGCAAGACAUACAUGGGCAAGUUUGCAGCUCUCAAACAGCUAAAAGAACUCAAGCUACGAGGAAUCGGUGGCCUCACCUUGCCAACCUUUUCCUUCAGUGGUGGCUUGACUGAACUCGGUUCUCUUGAGCACCUUGUCUCCUUGUCUUUAACCACUCUGCGAUCAGUAUCGGACAACGAAUUCCACUUUUUACGAGAAAUGAACCAACUCACAGAGCUGGAACUGGGAGAUUGUACAAAUUGGUCAUCUGAGAUAUACUUUAUUCUUGGUGGGCUGACAAAUCUCACAAAAUUGCGGUUAGAAUGUGGUGGAGAAAUUCCAGACAUUGGACUUGCAGACAUGUUACAAAACCUGAAAAACCUGGAGAUUCUAGAACUGAUAAUGUUCCAGAUUGCAGAUACGUUUGAAAACUCUCUUGGUCAGCUGGAGAAGUUGCACACUUUGGUUAUCUGGCCAGAUACGACGACCGAAGCGGCAGCGGCAGUGAACUCGAGUACACUGAUGGCUGUGUCGAAACUGAAGAACCUGAAACAUCUCGAGUGGGGAGUGGUGAGCAGUGAAACGUCCACGGACAGUUCGGGGACAGAGAAACAGACGGAGUAUAUUCCAAUAUUACCACAGUGUGGAAACCAGGCAGAAAAUUCUGACAUGGUUCUUCUGUCGGAGAGAAUCAGUAUUAUUCAGUUAACAGAAAAACUGUGCGUUCUUCUGCCUCAAGUUUCAAUAAGAGUGUUCAAUACUAAGGUAGUGCCUCACUCGCCCAAAAAUGGAUCUUCUUAGCACCCAGUGCUAUAUUCUCAUUGGACAUCAUUUCUUUUUGUAAAGAGUCUUUUUAAUGAGAACCAUUGCUUCAUGACUUCAAAUGUUAUGGUAUGUGCUUUCCUAAAUGAGAAAGUGUAUAUAUAAAAAAACUAAUUUUCUUAUUAUCAGUAGGAGUAACUGAUAUGGUGGCAGCAGGUUUCUAUCAUCCGUUAUAUCAAUUGUUGCAAUUUACUAUGUCAAAAUCUAAUGGUCACUGAUUAAACAGUGGUAGAGUGUCAUCAAAACAUUCCCUUUCUUUUCUUUUUUGUCUCGUGAAGCAUGAAUUGACCAGUUAAAUAAAGCCCAUACCAUGACAGUGGUAACCACAAUGAUUACUCAGUAUUAGUGAAAACAUAGUUGCAUGCAGACCUGUCAACCCUCCCGGAUUCCGCGGGAGUCUCCCGGUAUUUGAUCAAAUCUCCUUUCACCUGUGCGGGAGACGGUUUCUCCUUUUAAAUGACAUUUUUGUAAGC